AUGUCAAGUACAGUUGAUAUUAAACCAACGAUUCCUGAGACAUUGUUGAAUGAUCUCACUAAACAACAACAACAACAGCAACAGCCGUUGACUGUUCGAGAAAAAAUUGUGAAUUUAUUUCAAGAAUUAGAAACGACACGUGAUGAACAACGACGGGUUAAUACGGAAUUAGAAAAAGAACUUCAAUCUCGAAUCGAAGCUGAAGCAGAAGCGGCGCAUUUGCGACGUCAAGUACAACUAGUUGAGGUCAAUCUAGACAAUACAACAGCUCGGGUUAAUCAUGUUACAACGCAAUUGAUCGAAGUUAUCAAAGUAUCUGAAGCAGCCCGACAUGUUUGUACUAAUCUUGAAAACAAACUAACGGCUGUGAAAGAUAAAGAAAUCGAUUUAGACGACGAAUUGAGAAAAGCAAAGGAAUGUAGUAUUGAAACAGACAAACGUUUUCAAGAGACAUCUAAUAAACUAAAUGAAUUACAAGAACGUUUCGAACACACCGAACGUCGAUCAUCGAAUGCGGAACAACGAAUUACAAAUCUUGAACAAGAUAUUCGACAUGCAUAUGUUGAAAUGAAAUCAUUAAUGCAAACUGAAGAAAAAGCACAUGGAACGGAAGAAAAAUAUCGAAAAACAAUCGAAGAUAUUCAAGCUAGACUUAAAUCAGCUCAACAACGGACUGAUGAAGCAGAGACUGAUGUUGGUAAAUUACAACUUAAAGUUGACAAACUCAAAGAAAAACUGGCCGAUGAACGAAACAAAAGUCGUCAAUUAGAAAAAAUGAUGGCAGCUUCAUCAGCAUUAUAA